AUGGGAAAAGAAAAAACACAUAUUAAUUUAGUUGUUAUUGGCCAUGUCGAUAGUGGAAAAUCAACUACCACAGGUCACAUUAUUUACAAAUUGGGAGGUAUAGAUAGAAGAACUAUUGAAAAAUUUGAAAAGGAAUCAGCUGAAAUGGGUAAAGGUAGUUUCAAAUAUGCAUGGGUUUUAGAUAAACUUAAAGCAGAAAGAGAAAGAGGUAUUACUAUAGAUAUUGCUUUAUGGAAAUUUGAAACCCCAAGGUAUUAUUUCACUGUUAUUGAUGCACCAGGUCACAAAGAUUUUAUCAAAAAUAUGAUUACUGGUACAUCUCAGGCUGAUGUUGCUUUGUUAAUAGUACCAGCUGAAGUUGGUGGAUUUGAAGGUGCAUUCUCUAAGGAAGGUCAAACAAAGGAACAUGCUUUAUUAGCUUUUACAUUAGGUGUUAAGCAAAUUGUUGUAGGUGUUAAUAAAAUGGAUACAGUUAAAUAUUCAGAAGAGAGAUAUGAAGAAAUUAAAAAAGAAGUUAGAGAUUAUUUAAAAAAAGUUGGAUAUGCAGCAGAUAAAGUUGAUUUUAUACCAUGGUAUAAGGGAAGAACAUUAAUUGAAGCNUUAGAUACUAUGGAACCACCAAAGAGACCAUAUGAUAAACCAUUAAGAAUUCCACUUCAAGGUGUUUACAAGAUUGGAGGUAUAGGUACAGUACCUGUAGGUCGUGUUGAAACAGGUAUAUUAAAAGCUGGAAUGGUUUUGAAUUUUGCUCCAUCAGCAGUUGUUUCUGAGUGUAAAUCAGUUGAAAUGCACAAAGAAGUUUUAGAAGAAGCAAGACCAGGUGAUAAUAUUGGUUUUAAUGUUAAAAACGUAUCUGUCAAAGAAAUUAAAAGAGGAUAUGUUGCUUCAGAUACAAAGAAUGAACCAGCUAAAGGAUGUGCAAAAUUUACAGCACAAGUUAUUAUUUUGAAUCAUCCAGGUGAAAUUAAAAAUGGGUAUACGCCAGUCUUAGAUUGUCAUACAUCUCACAUCUCAUGUAAAUUCGUAAAUAUUGAUUCUAAAAUAGAUAAACGUUCAGGUAAAGUAGUUGAAGAAAACCCAAAAGCAAUUAAGUCUGGAGACUCAGCUUUAGUUAGUUUAGAACCAAAAAAACCUAUGGUUGUUGAAACAUUUACAGAAUAUCCACCAUUAGGUAGAUUUGCUAUUCGUGAUAUGAGACAAACUAUUGCCGUAGGUAUUAUUAAAUCAGUUGAAAAGAAAGAGCCAGGAGCUGUAUCUUCAAAUAAACCUGCCAAAACUGGAGCAAAAAAAUAA